AGGAAGUGAGGAGAAAUGAAACAACAUUGAUAAACAGGCCAGGCCGAACCAGCAGAAACUACGUUCGCGUGCGUUUAGACUCCGUUUUCUUUGACGUGAACGUUAAAUGCUUCUCUAAGCUCAGCUACUUCGGAUAAAACGUUAAAAAUCGGCGCUGGUUUCGACGCAGGUUGUUAUAGUUGAGGUCGGAAGAGGGGAAAAGGGAGAAUAUGUAACGUUAACUUGGGAGUCAUUUCUCUUUUCCUGCCCUCCUCCACUUGCCUCCCGAGCGAGGAGAAACAGUCACUGCAUUAAAGACCGAUUGAUCUGACAGCUGUUCAGACAGUUUGCGGCUUCUUCGGUCUCAACGACGAUGGCGGAUAGCGCUGGGGAGGGGGCCAACGGCUCUGUGGGCACGGCGCAGGACCACGGAGCGCAGUUGUCCUCGAGUUUGAGUAAUUCCGUACAGGGGCACUCAUCCGCCUCGACGCCUCCGGCAGUGGCUGUGGUCGCUCCCAUGAUCGCGCACACCAUCACUCCGGCUGUGGAGAGCGGACUCGGUGUGCUGACCCAUGCGGUUCCCGUGGUGGCCGUUCCUCCUUCCCUGCCGCCCGGUGUCGGAUCAGGAGUCCCGGCCGGAGCGGGCCUCCUGUCCCAAAUUCACGCCACCUCCUGGGAUCCCACGUUAAGCACUGACUGGGACAACGAGAAGGCGUCUCCGCAGUGUAUUCUUCGGAUAAAAAGAGACAUUAUGUCCAUUUAUAAAGAACCUCCUCCAGGUAUGUUUGUGGUUCCCGACCCUCAUGACAUGACCAAGAUUCACGCCCUCAUCACCGGUCCCUUCGACACACCAUAUGAGGGAGGCUUCUUCCUCUUCCUGUUCCGCUGUCCUCCUGACUAUCCCAUCCACCCUCCACGUGUCAAACUUAUCACUACCGGGCACAACACUGUUCGUUUCAACCCCAACUUCUACCGCAACGGCAAAGUUUGCCUCAGCAUCCUCGGCACUUGGACUGGUCCAGCAUGGAGUCCUGCCCAGAGCAUCUCCUCCGUUCUCAUAUCCAUACAGUCCCUAAUGACAGAGAACCCUUACCAUAAUGAGCCAGGCUUUGAGCAGGAAAGGCAUCCAGGUGACAGCAAAAACUAUAAUGAGUGUAUCCGCCACGAGACCAUGCGAGUUGCAGUGUGCGAUAUGCUAGAGGGCAAAGUGUCAUGUCCCGAGGCCUUGCGGAGCGUGAUGGAGAAAUCCUUCCUGGAGUACUAUGAUUUCUAUGAGGGGGUUUGCAAAGAACGUCUGCAUCUCCAAGGGCAGAACAUGCAGGAUCCUUUUGGUGAGAAGAGAGGUCGUUUUGACUACCAGGGUCUUUUGACCCGUCUCAGAGCCAUUCAGAGGCGAUUGCGGGAAAAGUGCCCGCCCGAGAACAACGAUGGCGACUCUGACUCGGACACCAGCUCUUCCGGCACCGAUCCGGACAGUCAGGGCAGCUCACAGCCUUAGAGUGCCCUCUAGGGGUGCGAAGCGAGCAAGGUUAGAUCGUUUCCCUUUACCUGCAGCUCCGGACUCCUCUCAAGUGAUGCAAGGAGAGCUGAAAAAACCUGGAGAUUCUACUGACAGAGGACAGAGUUUCUCUUCCAAUUGGAUAAUAUUUUUCCUCUCACUCCUUGUGUGCUGGCCAGUGACAGCCUUUUGUUUUGCGGUUUUUUUUUGUUUUUUUUUUCUCCUAAUGAAGGAGUCAAUGGAGGAAUGAGGUGUAUAGAUGUGUGUGCGCGUGUGUACAUUUGUACGUGAUAAAGAUGUAUACGUCGGUCAUCACAGCCUCAACCUUUUGAGUCCAUGUUAGUUUGUCCCUUCCUGCAUCCAGUGUAGAGCUAACAGAAAAAAGAAGUCAUACGAAGUCAAAUAAUUAAUGAUGAUAAUAAAAUCACUCUU